AUGGAGGAUAUUGUUCAGUACCAGAGUGACGCGAGUAGUAACGAAUCAGACGGGAAGUCGACAGAAUUUCGCGAUGAGAAUGCUUCAAGCACACGAUCGGAAGACCACAUUGGCCUAAAUUCAGUUGAACAAGGGAAAAAGCGAAAAACUCCAGUAGACAGGAUUCUAUUAAACACAAACACAUUUGAAAAGAGUGUUUGGGCAAAUAAGCAGAUAAGAGGAUACGUAUCGAAGCGAGCAAAAUUGCGACAAGCAAGUGAAACGGAUCUGGAAGCACAACAAAAAGAUCUGUUAUCUCUCGUACCGGAUGUAUUGCCGUUCGAUACAAAAUUGCUUGACCCACCAAGUCGCAUAAAAUCUGCGUUGAACUCAAAACACAGCACAAACGACACGACGCAGUUUAGCGCAAUCCCUAAAAGGCGGACAGUCUUUUUACAAAAAGAACACGUUAAAGGGAUAAAUGCAUUGUUAUGGUGUGGCUCUUUCGAAUUUGAACUUUACCAAGGGCAGGUAUUGGCUUCGGCGUCAAUGGAUGGUACUGUUAAAAUUUGGGAUGUCUUUAGAUCCAAAAGGUGCGUUCGAACUAUCAGGCACGAUGGAGCCGUGAAAGAUGUGAAGUGGGAUAAUUAUCGCAAUGGUAUACUUUCUGGUGGAUAUGAUCAAGUUGUAAAAUUAACCGACAUAGAAACUGGGACCACCAUGCAGUCGUUCCCCCAUGCGCACAUCGUUACCGCAUUUCGGUACCAUCCAACACAACCGAAUGUCUUCGUUUCAGGAAUGAUGAAAGAUGGUAUACAAUCCUGGGAUUUACGUUCUAACAAAGUUAUCAAAGAAUCUAAAAAGUUUUGGGGUGGCGUUAACGACCUCGAAUUUUUUCCUGAUGGAACUAAUCUUCUUUGUUGCUCUGACUACGUUGUGAGAAAUUCGUCCGACAAAAAUAUAAUGAUUUGGGAUAUAAAUUCGGAUUUGGAAGUAUAUUUCUAUCAAUGUCUGUUGGUGUCUACGUUUAAUUCAGAAUUAAGUCACAUUCCCAUGCAAGGAAAGGGAGAGUGGACGAAAAUGGUUAUAAACACUGCUCGCAUAGAUGUCUUUAAUAUUAUCUAA